AGAAGAUGAGCUUGCGCGUGCCAUGACUUGACUAUUCUUCUCCGUCUUCUCUUUUCCUUGUUCUUCGUAUUCUUCUUCUUCUUUAAAAUGUGAUCUUAAAACGCGAGGACACGAGAAUUCAGCAUCUCAUCACGAGUUCACGUUCUAAGGCCAAAGAGUCAUUACGCAUCUUUCAGUUUUUGUUUCAUAAGUUCGCUAGUGUUGUAUUCGUCAUGUGUCGGUGUUCGUUUGAAUAAAUCAUUAUGCUCGUGUUUUAUAACUAAUUCCAUGUUCACUUGAUAAAUAUAAAAGAUAUCGAGUUUUAGUGGUAGUUGUUUGAUUUCAUUGGAAAUUAAUUGAGUGAAAGAGUGAAUUUAAAACAGCUAUGCCCUGCUGUGGCGGUCUCCAACCAAGUGUUCGCGUUCCGAUCGAUUUGAACGAUCAAUCUGAUAGCAUUAAGGGUGCUGAGUACAUAAGAGUGUCAAAGUUUUACAAAGACAGCAAAGAAGGAAAAUUUGUGAGUUAUCUUCAUGAUGAUGUCAGGACUUUAUAUGAAUCUUUUCGAAGAGGCGCUAAAGAAUCUAAUAAUGGACCUUGCAUUGGAUGGAGAGAUGGACCUACCAAGCCUUACCAAUGGUUGAAUUACAAUGAAACCCUACUACGAGCAAAAAACUUAGGAUCAGGAUUGAUAUCAUGUGGAUUAAUACCUGGAACUCAGACUCUUGUAGGGCUUUAUAGCCAAAAUUGUCCUGAAUGGGUUCUUACAGAACAAGCCUGUUACAAUUAUUCCCUAGUGGUUGUUCCACUUUAUGACACUCUUGGACCUGAUGCUUGUGCCUAUAUCAUCAAUCAGGCUGAUAUCAGUCUCGUUGUUUGUGAAGAUGAUAAAAAAUGUAAUCUUUUAUUGGAUAAAGCUCCUAGAUGUUUAAGAAAAUUAAUUGUAAUAAAAGAAACAAAAUCAUCAACAAAUCAAAGAGCUAAAAAUAGAGGGAUAGAACUCUUGAGGUUUGAAGAUGUUGAACGACUUGGAGCUCAAAAGAAUCAUCCUGAAGUACCACCAAAGCCUACGGAUCUUUGCACAAUUUGUUACACAUCAGGAACAACUGGACAUCCAAAAGGGGUGAUGUUAAGUCAUCAGAAUGUUAUGGCUGGAGUUAGUGCUGUUUUACUACAGUUAGGAGAUCACAAACCUAAUGCAAAGGAUGUUAUGAUCAGCUUUCUCCCCUUGGCCCAUAUGUUGGAGAGGUGUUGUGAAAAUGGAAUGUACAUAGUUGGAGGAUCUGUUGGAUUUUAUGGAGGAGAUAUUAAAAAGCUUUCUGAUGAUAUGAAAGCUUUGCGGCCUACUGUUAUGCCUGCUGUUCCCAGGCUACUUAAUCGUCUUUAUGAUAGGGUGCAAGCUGAGCUCCAGUCUUCGUUUUUUAAAAGAAUGGUGUUCAAUAUGGGUAUAAGGGCAAAGGAGAGCGAAAUUAAAAAAUGCAUCAUAAGAGGCAACAGCUUUUGGGAUAAAGUUGCUUUCAAAAAAAUUAGAGAAUCUAUGGGUGGAAGGUUAAGGUUAAUGGUCGUAGGUUCAGCACCACUUGCAGGCAAUGUUCUAACUUUUGCUCGAUGCACUCUGGGCUGUCUUAUCGUUGAAGGCUAUGGACAGACCGAAUGCUGUGCUCCUAUUACUCUAACUGUUCAGGGUGACUAUAUACCAGAGCACGUGGGACCUCCUGUAGCAUGUUGUUGCGUCAAAUUAGUGGAUGUACCUGAAAUGGAGUAUUGGGCAGCUAACAAUCAAGGAGAAGUCUGUGUUAAAGGCACUAAUGUAUUCUAUGGUUAUUAUAAAAAUCCAGAAAAAACUGCUGAAGUUAUUGAUGAACAGGGAUGGCAUCAUACUGGAGAUGUUGGAAUGUGGCUUCCAAAUGGAGUUUUAAAAAUCAUAGAUAGGAAGAAACAUAUCUUUAAACUUUCUCAAGGAGAAUACAUUGUUCCAGAGAAAAUUGAAAAUAUUUACAUAAGAAGUCAAUACGUCCAUCAAGUUUUCGUUCAUGGGGAAUCUCUUAAAUCAUGCGUUGUUGCAAUUGUUGUGCCCGAUGUCGACGUCGUUAAAUGCUGGGCUUUAGAAAAUAAAAUUCCCGGUACCUUAAGUGUCCUUUGUGCAAAUCCAGAAGUUAAAAAACUCAUUCACGAGGACAUGCUUGCUUGGGGUAAAGAAGCAGGCCUUAAAUCAUUCGAACAAGUUAAAGAUAUUUAUCUACACCCAGAUCCAUUUUCGGUACAAAAUGGCCUUUUAACACCAACAUUAAAAACUAAACGACCGCAACUCAAAGCCUACUUUAAGCCUCAAAUUGAUGAUCUUUACAAAAAUUUAGACUGAUACGAAGAGUAAAUUUAGAUAUUUUAGUUCGCCAGCUGUUGCAUGGCAUGAACGCAAGCAAUCAAGUUGUUAAUAGACGUUUGGUAACUUUUCGGUAAAUUAUCGUCAUUUUACACAAAUAUAUCUUGAUAAAAUAUACUUUUUUCUUUCAUUUAAGUUAUCCUGCAUAGCUGAUAAGAAAAAAAAGUAUUUUUGAGUCUGUUACACCUUGAUAGAAGUUAAAAAAUAUUUAUAAUAAUAAUGUGAUAUAAAAGAUGUUCUGUAAUUGAAACUUUUACGUAGAAAAUAUUUAAAUAUUCUAGUUUUAAAAAUAUUGGUAUGGAAUAAAUUAACAGAGGUUUCGUAGAAAAUUAAUGUUUAUUCAAAUACUUCUAUGCACUUGAUGCACCAAUUUGCCUUGAUAUAAAUCCAUGUGAGUAUAAAAAUAAAUUCAGCAAAAUUUCCAUUAUACAAAACAUUUAAACGAUUUCAUGAUAGUAGGGUUGUGAAUUACAUUAUUAAAUUACGUGCAUGCAAGAUAGAAGAUACUUUAUUGAUUCUCAAUCUAAUUAAAAUUUAUUUAUACCCUGGAAACUCAUUGUUCAACAUUUACUGGUCAUUUUCAUCAAAUCAAUGAUACAAAUAAAAAUGUAAUAUCUCAAUUAUAUACACCAUUUGAAAUGCAUUGAAAUCAAUAAGUACAUGAUAAAUAAAUUAAAGAAUUUUCUAUGCUUCAGUCAAGGUCAAAUAGACUCAUAAAAAACCAAUAAUAAUCAAGCAAUAAAAGAAUGUCGAAUAUUUUCCAAAAAUUACCAAAUAAAAUUGCAAAUAAAAAACUUUUUUAAAAAAUAGAUUAAAAUAAUAAAUUAUGCAAGUUUAUCACUUUUUUCCACAAAUGUCUGCCUCACAUGCUCUAGGCUCUUGUUCUUGUUCGUAUAUUUCAUUUAAAAAAAAAACAAUCCUUUUUGUUCUAUUUUAUUACAUAAUCUCUUAUAUAUAAUUUUCAUAUGUCAAUAUUAUAGUAAUGACUUCAUUUUAUGAAAAUAACAAAUUCAAAUAAAUCUUUACCAAUUACAUAAAUCAAUACUUUAUUAUAUUUAUCCUCAUACUCUUCAUAUUAUUUAAGUAAGCAACUCAACUAUAAAUGAUAAAUAAAAAGAUACGAUUAUUUAACUAAACAACUUCUCUGU